UCACCGAUCCAUGGAAAGAGCCAAAGAUGUCGGUUCUGUCAUGUGAUCAGCUGUGUCCAGUCAGAGCUGAUCACAUAGGGGACAUGUACACUGAUCAUCAGAUCACUGAUCACUGAUGAUCAGUGUGCCCUGAUGAUCAGUGUAGCCCCAGCAGUGCCACCUGUCAGUGUCUAUCAGUGCCAGCUAUCAGUGCCACGUAUCAGUGCCACAUAUCAGUGCCCACCAGUGCACAUCAAUGCCACAUAUCAGUGCCCAUCUGAGCUGCCUUUCAGUGCCACCUAUCAGUGCUGCCUUUCAGUGCCCAUCAGUGAUGCCUGUCAAUGCCCAUCAGUGCCACCCACCAGUGCCUCCUCAUCAGUGCCACCUAUUAGUGUCCAUCAGUGCAGCCUAUCAGUGCCCAUCACUGCAGCCUCAUUAGCGCACAUCAGU